AACACUCUGAGGCAUUUGUUUUGUUAUAGAGAGCUAACUUUGGAUCCUUUCCUGUGCUCUCACCAUUGAUAUAGGAGGUGGGGUGUGCCCUGCGGGUGUGCACACCCCUUGGUUGUGUCAGAGUAUUUCAGUAGAAUAGCGUUCAUUAACUCAUGUUGGAAACGUCGCAUAGUGAUUUUGCAGACAGAAGCAGAGAAACGGUGGACUUGUCAUAUUUUUCUUUUCAGAAGGAUCUAAAACGAAGUUUUGUUUAGUUUGUGACCGCUGGAUACUUUUACGCACAGCCAAUACUAUACCAAAGAAGAAAAAUGCCUCGAUCUUUCUUGGUUAAAAAGUAUUUCGCUAAUAAAAAACCAAACUACAGUGAACUGGAGUGUCAAAAUGUUGCCUUAUUGGAUAGGUUCCCUCUAGGUGAACUUGCAUCAGCAGACAAUGAAUCAACUUCCACCUGCUACACAACAGGACUGGUAUGGGAUAUGAGCUUUCUUCCAACCCUAUACCUCCCCAAGUCCCCUACAGAGCCCUCCCCCACCCCUGGGCCCCUGGACCUCAGCUCCCCCUCCAGUCUCAGCAGCAGUGCCAGCAGCAGUGGGGAGGAAGACGAAGGCCGAACAUCUGACCCCCCCAGCCCCGAGCCAGAAGACAGCUAUCAUCCCCCUCAGAGACCCAAACGUAACAGCGCCAAGAGCCAUGGAGGCCCUGCCAAAGAGGAGAGAGAGGCCCCUGUCACUGCAGCCAGGCCUGCUUUCUUUUGCAAGCACUGCCCUAAAGAGUACACCAGCCUGGGGGCAUUGAAGAUGCACAUUCGCUCACAUACUUUGCCCUGUGUUUGCACCACAUGUGGAAAGGCCUUCUCCAGACCCUGGCUGCUGCGCGGUCAUAUCCGCACACACACAGGGGAGCGUCCAUUUUCCUGCCCACAUUGUAACCGGGCAUUUGCUGACCGCUCCAACCUGCGUGCACACCUCCAGACUCACGCCGAGGUGAAGAAGUACCAGUGUGGCGUGUGCUCUCGCACCUUCAGCCGCAUGUCCCUCCUUCAGAAGCACAGUGUCUCUGGUUGCUGCUCCUCCACAGCAUGAGGGCCUGGCAGAGGCAGGAGGAACCCAUGGGGACCAUGGGAGGGUUGUUGGAAGGGUGGGUGGAGUGUAUACCGAACCAGCCUUUAGACAACAAGACAACAGGAGCCUGCUUUAGUCUGCCUGCAGACACCAUGGACGUGACUCGGUGGGAGACUUCUCCCCCUGAACAGCCUUCUCCUUACUCUGCUUGUAGUCCAUUUUGAACAGAAGAGGAACAGAUAACCUAAUCCAAACCCAUCCUUUUUCAAGCAGAACUGUGUAAUCCAUCCCUUGACCUAGUUCAGAUUUAUUUUUUUAUUUUUUUCAAAGACCAAAAAUACUGUGGGCUCAAGGGGGUUAGUGGAGCUGGUGCUCCCCUAAGUCUGUUCUGUUUCUGCCUCGGUGCCGGCAAGCUCAGGAUCACAGCCCAGACACAGCUGCAGAGAGGUAGGGGUGCGUGGGUGGGUCACAUCCCUCAGCAUGACACAAACGUACACACACACACAGCUGUCCCCAUACUAUGGUGCGGAGCGACAAGGUGCUAACAGGUGCAAUGGCCCUGACCUUCACUGGGCUGAUAACAGGUGACUUCAACCAGCCAUAGUUAGUUAAGAAAAGAGGAAGCAAGUCAAAACAAAAGGAUAGCGUCAGUUGGUCUCUCUGUGGGCUUUUCUCUGGUAGAUUUGAUUUAAACCUCUGUUUUGACGACAACAAGUCCCUUUUUAAUCUGAUGUCUUUCAGAGAUUGGAAAAGCAAUUUUGUCAUUGAGACUGUGCUCCUACACAUUGCUGUAGAUAUUUUGGAUGAUAAUUGUAUCCAUGCACUCUAGGUUACCACAGUGUUCAUAGUUCCUGUAAAAUGGCAGGAAUCUGAUUUAAAUGCCAAUUUGUAACAUAUGAACUAGUUUUUUUAAAUGUAUUAUGUUUAAACAAAAGAUGUGCCUUCUUACCUCAGUUGGUAGUUGUUGUGUUUUUAAAACAUCUAUUUUCAGUAUUAAAACUAUCAAGCAUCAAACAUUCAGAAAUGGUUAAUGGCUGGGAUCAAAUAACAUGUCUGAAAUGUUUACAUCAUCACAGACUUGGUUGUCUGUAGGUCUGACCACAAAACUGACUACAGAAAAUAAUUUUCAAAGUUCCUAAAUGUUUUAUGUGGUUUUUUACCGUGCAAUGUCCAG